AUGACCAAGCUCCCUCUACGUUGCCUCCGUCAUGUGCGGCCGAAUAAUCGCACUUUCAGCACCUCCAGAAGAGUCGCCGCCGAUCAUGUGAGAAUAGUGGAAGUUGGCCCUAGAGAUGGCUUGCAGAACGAGAAGAGCACAAUAUCCCUAGACACAAAGCUCGAACUCAUCAGAAGGCUGGCACAGACUGGUGUCACACAUAUGGAAGCUGGAUCGUUCGUCCCGGCGAAAUGGGUGCCUCAGAUGGCAUCGACCGCAGAAAUCCUAGAAACCAUCCUCACAGAUCCACCACCUGCACCUCAUGGCAUCGCCUAUAAUUACCUCGUCCCCAACAUUCGCGGCCUGGAGAACCUCGUCAAGAUAUUCCAGGCGAAAGGCGCAAAGAAUCCGACGGGGUAUCCCACACCUCCCCCCUCCCCCUCAGCGGAACAAUCAGAAGGGCAAACACCCGGAGCCGCCUCCUCCUCAGGUGCACCUGCCAACUCGACGGAGAUUUCCUUAUUCGCAGCGGCGACCGAGGCGUUCUCACAGAAGAACACGAACUGCAGCAUAGCAGAAAGCCUGGAGCGAUGCCAGCCGAUCAUGGAACUCGCGAAGCAACAUGAAAUUCGCGUAAGAGGCUACGUCUCUGUGGCUCUGGGGUGCCCAUACGAAGGUCCGGACGUUGACCCACACAAGGUCGCCGAAAUCACAGCCAGCCUACUGGAAAUGGGAUGUGACGAGGUCUCCGUGGCGGACACUACGGGAAUGGGCACCGCACCCCGGACGCAGAAGUUGCUUCAGACGUUGAAAGAGGCAGGAAUACUGGGUGAAGACAUUGCUCUCCACUUCCACGACACGUUUGGGAUGGCCCUGGUCAACACCGUGGUUGGGCUUGAGCACGGAGUGAGGAUAUUUGACAGUUCAGUCGGAGGACUCGGUGGAUGCCCUUACAGCCCCGGCGCAACGGGCAAUGUGGCCACCGAAGACCUGCUGCAUUUGUUGCACAGCUUGGGCUGCGAGACGGGCAUCGAUGUGGUCCAAAUGGCAGAGAUUGGAGAUUGGAUCACCAAGCAGCUGGGCAAACCCAACAGCUCGAGGGCAGGAAAAGCCACAUUGAGUAGGUUGAGGCAGUCGUGCUCAUAG